AUGGAAGAGGAGAAAGAGGAGGCAAAGAAAGCCAACAUCAGUUUUGGUGAUUUCUUGUCCGACCACCUGGCGCUUACAGGGGGUGACAUUGUGGAGACUCCUGCCCCUCUACAAACCACACCCCCAAUGGAGACUGAGCCAAACAACACUCCUGAGCCUGCUCCUGUUGAGGUCCAGCCUUCAGAGCCUCAUCCCUCUGCCUCUCCUAGUAACCCAAAAGAGAGGAAGAAGUACAAUCGGGAAUUCCUGCUGCGUUUACGCUUCGUCAGUGCCAGCAUGCACAGACCCGAGGGUUUUCCGGACAUCCCCGGCGUCGUUCUGGACAAGCAGUGUGAGCUUAAAAAGCCAAACAAGAUCACCACCAGCGUGUCUCUGAAUGAUGACAUGCAACUGGACAAGGCUGAGAAAGCCUGGAAGCCGGCGAUGGAAAAAGUCCCGCAGCGACGAAGAUGACCAGGAAAUGGACACCAACAAAAAGGCAGUGGGGGCUUUUAGUGGCCAGAAAACAGUCCACAACCCUGACAGGA